AUAUCAUCAACCGACAUAUUUUCUAUUUUUUUGUUGCAGCGGGCGGUGGGUCACCCAGCUAGGAUGUCCACUUUUCGGUGGCGUUAAGAAAGCAAAAUAUUCCUACCAACAUUAAAUGAUAAUAAAAACAUGUUUUACAGAUAAUUUUGACAUUUAAAGAGAGGUUGCGCGCGGCGGUAUCGCAGAGGUACUUAGGCUUCGAGCAAAAAAGGAAUUAACAAGAAAAAUGGUUGUUCUUCAAUGCGGAUCCGAUCUUUGCUCGCCGACCACCUCAUCCUCUUUAUGCGACUUCAGUCCUCCACGACGGCUCUCCUUUUGGUGCCCGAGCCACGGUCGGUGUCGGAUCGUCACUCCUCCGAGGCCAAUUGUGGCACUGGCAAUGAAGAGGAACGCCGACAAGAUUACGAAACCCUCCAUAUGUACCGCCGACGAGCUCCACUACGUCAAUGUUCACAACUCAGAUUGGCGCCUCGCUCUUUGGCGCUACUUGCCUUCUCCUCAGGCGCCGGAAAGGAAUCAUCCGCUGCUGCUGUUGUCGGGGCUCGGGACCAAUGCUAUUGGGUUUGAUCUCUCUCCUGAGUCAUCUUUUGCACGCUUCAUGUCCGCCCAAGGAUAUGAUACAUGGAUUGUUGAACUCCGUGGUGCUGGCUUGAGCGCACAAGGUGUGGAAUUUGGAGAAGGUGCUAAACCUUUUAAUGCUGGUCUUACAUUCAAAGGGAAGAGAAAGAAAAUGGUCUUCAAAUCCAAGGAAUCAACUCUACCGUCAAAACUAUUGGAAAUGGUUACCCAUUUAACAGAAGAACAGGGAAGCUCUGCUCCGGUGUACCAAAUUAACGAUUUCAUUCAGAAGCUUGUAAGUGUGAUUGAAGAUGGUCAAAGAUCGUUUCCACCACCACUUUCGGAUGUUCAAGGACAUCUUUCUACAACACUAAAAGAUUUCCAAGAGCAACUGGAUCUUAUGUUGAAGUAUAAUUGGGACUUUGAUCACUACGUGGAAGAGGAUGUACCUGCUGCGAUGGAGUACAUAAAGGCUCAAAGCAAACCAAAGGACGGAAAGUUGCUUGCAAUUGGUCAUUCUAUGGGGGGGAUCUUGCUAUAUGCAAUCUUAUCACGAUGUGGUUUUGAAGGGAGAGAUUCUGGGUUGGCAUCAGUCACUACUUUGGCAUCAUCACUUGACUAUUCAUCUUCUAAAUCAUCACUAAAACUGCUUUUACCUCUGGUGGAACCUGCACAGGCCUUGAAUGUUCCUGCCAUUCCACUAGGGACAUUGCUUGCUGCUGUGCAUCCUUAUGCAACUCAUCCUCCAUACCUCCUAUCCUGGUUAAACUCUCAAAUUUCUGCUCCUAAGAUGAUGCAUCCAGAGUUGCUUGAAAAGCUGGUUUUGAACAGCUUCUGCACAAUACCUGCUAAUCUUCUUUUGCAGCUAAGAACAGUUUUCCAUGACAAUGGAUUGUGCGAUAGAAGUGGGACUUUCUUUUACAAGAAUCAUCUAGGCAAAAGCAAAGUUCCUAUCUUAGCACUUGCAGCAGACCAAGAUUUGAUUUGUCCUCCAGAAGCUGUAUUUGAAACAGUGAAGCUCAUUCCUCAGCCUUUUGUUGCUUACAAAGUUUUUGGAGAACCAGGCGGCCCACAUUUUGCUCACUAUGACAUAGUGGGUGGCCGUCUAGCUGUGGAUCUGGUGUACCCAUGUAUAGUUGAAUUCCUCAACAAUAAUGAUAUGGCUUGAUUCUGCAGUAUCACAACUUUCAUUGACCUGCAGUUAGGGUUCAUUGAUCAUUCUUUAUUCCUGAUAAAUGGAGAAGCUGACAUGCAGAAUCUUCAUCAAGGGUUUCAUUUCGAAAUACUCAUACUAAACCUUUUAUACACAUUAUACACUUCAAGACUGUACAACUACACAGGAAUUAUGUAUCACACUGUAAAUACAACACAUAAGAGCCCUUCAGUAGUCUCAUAUGAAAGAUACGUUUGAGGAAAUACAACACUUGUACUAGGAUAACACUCAAGAAUAUUGACACUGUAAAAUCUUUAUACUUGAAUUCCCUUUUAUAAUAUGAAAGAUAAAAGGAAUGGUUUCUGCUGAUUGCAAUGUAUCUUUCUUUAUUGUUGCUGUUAUAUAUGCAUUCUCAUCAGCAGUAUAUAGUUCAGUUAGAUAAGGCAGGAUCUGUAGAAUCUGGCUGUUGAUGGAGCAGCACUAGUAACUUGUGAAAGGGUAUAUGCUGAAGCAUGUGACAAGGCAAAAGGGGCAGCUUUGGAGAGAGCAACUAUUGAAGCUCGAUAGAGAGCAAUGGCAGAAGCUCAUGAAAGAUUAGAGAAGGCAUAUCUGCAGAGGCUAGGGAGAAGUCAUCUGCAGAGGCUAGGGAGAAGUCAUCUACAGAGGCUAGGCUCGGAGCUGAGCAUGCUGCGGUAGAGAAAGCAACCGCAGUGGCUUGGAAGUGUGCUGUGGAGAAAGCAAUUCCUUAACUUACUGAUGCAGGUACAUACUAGGCCUUGCGCCUAAAUCAGCAAUCCAACUCUUGUAACCUAAACAAAUCGUUCAAUGCCAU